AUGCCCUCGAUUGGUAUUACUGUGUCUCACUCCGCUGGAACGAAUCUAGGACAUGCGGUUCGCAAUGUCAAGAGUCGAACUGCUUUGGUCACCGGAGGUGCCCGAGGGUGUGGUCUUGCAUUUGCCCAGAGCUGCGCUGAAGCCGGAGCCGACGUCGCCAUCUUUGACGUUAUCGAACCAGACGAAACGUUCCAGUCUUUGAGUGAGAGAUACGGUGUCCGGACAGCAUACUACGAAGUCGACGUAUCUUCUGGGCAAUCUCUCCAAAAAGGCUUCGAUCGGUUCAAGUCUGACUUCUCCAAUGCGCUCGAUAUAUGUAUACCAUGUGCUGGAAUCAAUCGUCAUCUUUCCUUCCUCGAAUUCUCGUACCGAGACCACUACGAUCUACUAUCCGUCAAUGUGUUGGGGUCAUACUUUACGGCACAACUAGCAGCUCGACAGAUGAUCGCAAACGGUACACGACAUGGGAGCAUUAUUCUGGUGGCCAGUAUCGCCGGCCAGCGAGCCAUUCGAAGCCAGCUCUGUAGUGCGUACUGUGGAUCCAAAGGUGCCGUGAAAGCCAUAUGUCCGGCCAUUGCGCAGGAAUUGGCUCCUCAUGUGAGUAUCAUCCUGCUGCUAUAUUGCAUUAUCGACUGA